AGCAACGGCAGUUGCGCAUGUGUGAUAUGGCUCUCGGGGGAUUAGUCGACCCCAGCCAUGCCAAGGUCUGUGCUGGCAUGGUUCACCGCAGCCUCCUCGGGGCGAGAGUUGGACAGUGAUCGACCGACACUGACCAAUGCGGUGCGACUCCCCAUACCCUGCUGUAGUGUCGUGGCUUGGGGUAUUGCACGGGGUUUACGAUGCCAGGUAUGCAAGGGAUCAGCACUUCAAGCCUGAUAUACCGACAUGUGGAAUCUGAUGUCUGUGUUCAUGUCUCGCGAGCAGAGGACACAUGCCGGGGGAUUUGGCUUAACCGCCUGAACCGAGUGUAUGAAAGACACAAUAAAAACUUUCCCCAAGACAAGGUGGAACAGCGUAUGCCGAAGUCUGCGUGGCUAGUGGGAGGAUCUAGUCCUGAAUAUGCGAACUCCAGAUACCAGGCGACCUCUGGUUUAAUUGGCCUUCCAGGGGCAUGCGGGGCUCUGCCUCUGGUGACUGAAAUUCCCUAGCUGCACGUGGGACUUCAUAUGGACCAGAUAGAAAAAACUAAAGAAGGGUCUAGCACUAGCCCUAAUGUGCUAAUCGAGGAAGUGCAAAGCCUCGCUCAGCCUGAGGAACAGGGCGCAAGUCCUGACCCCAUGGCGGAGGAAAUGCUGCUGAAGAGCAGCGAUGAAGAGGUCGUAGCUGGCUUCGAAAAGCUGACGGUCAGGAGACAUAGACUCUCCGGGGCCGCCAGAAGAAGGAUGAAGUUCCUUCUAAAGAAAGGGAUGGCUCCUGACGAUGCCAGGAAAGAAGCCUCCAAACCAAUUGGUCCAAAGCAGAAAACAGGCCGAGGGACCAAGAGAAAUAGGUCGGAGGACAGCACGCCUAAAGGCAAGCAGCCAAAGAGUGCCAAAUGCGAGGCUUCAAAAGUCGCACGGUCCUCAGGAGGUGCCGGGGCUCAGGCCUCGGGUGCCUCCAAAGUUCAAUCCUCGGGAGCUUCCGGGGCUCAGCCCUUAGGAACUCCCAAGGGUCCCGCAUCAGGUGGGCCCACCUACAGCCAGGCUACCGCUGGUCUGAAGGUGGGGAUAAUGCACAAAAAAUUUCCAGAGGUGAUUUUGGAAAUGGACAAACUAAUGGCCAUCAAAAAAUCGCUAAUGGAAGAGAUUAUUGCAUUGGGGAACGAGGACGCCAUAACGCCUACGUUCCACCAACUGCAUAUGAGGCCAGGCUGGCUUGGGCUGACAUGCUCUGACAAAGCCACUGUGGAGUGGCUGAAGAGCAUACAGCCAAAACUCAAACCCUGGGAGGGAGCUGAUCUAAGGAUAGCCGAAGAGGCAGAACUGCCUCACCCGGAGAUCCUGGUCGGAUAUCUCCCCUACAGCCAUGAUCUCUCCAAUGAGAAAAUUCUCAAGGCGGUAGAGAAUCAGAACGCAGGGCUCAAAACCUCCAGCUGGAGAGUCCUUCGAAGGGGACCAUCAGGACCCAUGCUCGAGAUUGUCAUCUCGGCUGAUAGAACAUCGGUCGAGAGACUUAGAGCAAAGAAUUGGCAGAUAAAUUACUUUUUCGGCCAAACAAAUCUCCGCCUUAAGGGACCAAAGACAAUGGCCGAGAGGAGAGGAGCUUCUCAGGCCCCAACCUCUGGUCCGGCGUCGAAAAGGCCCAAAGGGGAGGUAAAGAAGAAGGUGGUGAAGCCUCCAGGAAAUGAAGAGGCCAUAAAACUGACCACCAGCUCUGGGGGGAGGGCUGAUCCGCAAGGGCGUGAUAAGGGGGGGUCCGACGGAGAAAAACCGGCGGUCCCUUCCGAAAAGCCUAGCGGACAACCUACCUCAUAAGGAGUAGAUGUCUGACAUGCCUUCAGAUAAACCUCCAGCACUCGAAGGCAGCCUCUAGUGCCUUAUGCUGGAGAACAUCUAGAAGGCAUGUUGACAUAGGGCUGAUACAAGAGCCCUGGAUCAAUGGAGGUCAAGUAAGAGGCCUACCAAACAAAGUAUAUCAGACGAUAUACUGCGAUAAGGCAAGUUCCUGACAAGGGAUCUUGCUGCGGCAUUGGUUGAGGUGCGAACUGAGAACAUCAAGAGGCAGCUUGUUAUCGCCUCAGGAUAUUUUCCAGGAGACGCCAUCAGCCCACCACCGGAGGAAGUACAACGCCUCAUCGAAUGGUGCCGCAUAGAGAAGAAACAACUUAUUCUGGGCUGCGAUGCGAACGCACACCACAAAGUAUGGGGCAGCACAGAUAUAAAUCAUAGAGGUGAGGAUUUACUUGACUUUCUAUUUUCUACUAACAUAGAGAUAGUAAAUGUGGGUAAUAGUCCAACCUUCAUGAAUGCGAUCAGAAGGGAAGUAAUUGACCUUACACUGGCGACACCUUUUAUUGCGGGGAUGGUCAAGAACUGGAGGGUCUCAGAAGAGCCAUCCAUGUCAGACCAUAUGGCAAUAGAAUUCAACGUUGAAGCAACUGCUUCAGCUGAUGUUGAGUGCAGGAUACCCAGGAAGACAGACUGGGAACUUUACAUAGCCCACAUGAGUUCUGAUCUGAAGGGCCUGAAAUACAACAUCAGCUCCAAUGAGGAUCUGGAGAACGCCUCUGCUCACUUCACAUCAUGUCUGAAGAGGGCAUUUGAAAACAGUUGUCCACUCAGGAAGAAAACGAUCUCCAGAGACGUCCCCUGGUGGAACAAUCAUCUUGAAAACCUCAAGAAAAUUGCUAGAAAAGCCUUCAAUAAGGCUAAGCGAGAAGGCAGCUGGAAUGCCUACAGACUAGCCCUGACCAACUACAACAAAGAGGUCAGGA